UACAUGUCGAAGAGUGAGAAAAAUCUUGAAGGGGUGAUGUCUAUAUAAAGCUCAUCUUCAAAUCUGGCUUUCGCGCACACCUUGGCUGCUACUUUGGCUGUCUGUCUCUCUUUUGGCUUUCUUUUUCUGCUUGGACUCCCAGGUUGUGUACUAGAGAGGGAGAGAGAGAUGGCAAUUGGGCAGUUGAAAGAUGUUGAAACAGGUGAAAUUAAUGGCCUUGAAGAUUUAGAGAAACCAUUGAUUGUUGAAGAGCAAACGGUUGUCGGUAGUGAUGAAAGUGGAUCCAUUUGGAUGGUUUUGAUCUGCACAUUUGUUGCUGUCUGUGGUUCUUUUGAAUUCGGAUCUUGUGAGCCAAAACUAGAAAAUGAACAAAAAACCAACCAAAAAAACAAAAGGUUUGUUCAGCUUAAGCUAAUUCUUUUGGCAGGUGGGCUAUUCAGCACCCACUCAAUCUGCUAUCAGGGAAGAUCUUAAUCUGUCUCUAGCUGAGUUCUCAAUGUUUGGCUCUAUCUUAACAAUUGGUGCAAUGCUUGGUGCUGUCACUAGUGGUCGGAUUGCAGACCUCAUUGGUCGAAAAGGGGCAAUGAGACUGUCAGCUGCUUUCUGCAGUACUGGAUGGCUUGCUGUAUAUUUCUCUAAGGGGGCUCUGUCACUGGAUAUUGGAAGGUUUUCCACUGGAUAUGGCAUUGGAGUUUUCUCCUAUGUGGUUCCAAUCUUCAUAGCCGAGAUAGCACCAAAGAAUCUCCGAGGAGGACUCGCAACAUUGAAUCAGCUCAUGAUUGUUACUGGUUCAUCAGUUGCAUUUUUAAUAGGAACAAUCAUACCAUGGAGGGCACUGGCUCUGACUGGACUUGUGCCAUGCAUUUUCCUGCUUGUUGGUCUCUGUUUCAUUCCUGAAUCUCCUAGAUGGCUGGCAAAGGUUGGCCACAGCAAAGAAUUUCAGGUUGCUUUACGAAAACUUCGUGGCAAAGAUGCUGAUAUCACUCAGGAAGCUGCAGAAAUUCAAGUAUACAUUGAAACUCUUCAAAGCCUUCCCAAAACUAGAAUAUCGGACUUGUUUCAACCAAAAUACUUUGGUUCAGUGAUUAUUGGAGUUGCAUUAAUGGUAUUCCAACAGUUUGGAGGAAUCAAUGGAAUAACCUUCUAUGCAAGUGAAACCUUUGCAUCAGCUGGCCUUUCUUCAGAAAAAACUGGAACCAUAGCUUAUGCUUGUGUUCAGGUCCCUAUAACUAUUGCUGGAGCAAUGUUAAUGGACAGGUCAGGAAGGAGACCACUCAUAAUGGUGUCUGCCACUGGCACAUUUCUUGGCUGCUUUCUUGCUGGCACUUCUUUCUAUCUCAAGGACCACAGUCUUUUGCCUGAAUGGGUGCCAAUAUUAGCUGUUGGUGGAGUAUUGAUUUAUAUAGCAUCUUUCUCAAUUGGAAUGGGAGCAGUUCCUUGGGUAAUUAUGUCUGAGAUUUUCCCCAUAAAUGUCAAGGGAGUUGCUGGCAGCUUGGUAGUCCUGGUGAACUGGCUAGGUGCUUGGGCAGUCUCCUACACAUUCAACUUUCUCAUGAGCUGGAGUCCCUCAGGCACCUUUUUUGUCUACUCCGGAUUCUCUGUGAUGACUGUCCUAUUCGUGGCAAAGUUUGUCCCAGAAACCAAAGGGAAAACACUGGAGGAAAUCCAGGCAUCCAUCAAUUCAUAAAGGGGCAAAAGCAAUCUACUGGUUCAAAGCUUAUAACACAUAAAUAUCUGCAGAAGAUGCCGAAAUUUCCAAGUCAUGACACCGCAUGAAUUGAUGGCUUCGACCCCGUACUCAACUCUUGUGGACUACCAAUGGAUCUGAUGGAAAGUUAUUACUGGAUAAAGGAUCAUGCAGCUCUAGGCAGUGUCCCCCAGCUCAUUUUGCCUUUGUUUAUUCAAUUUUAGGAUAGGAUAGAUAUAGAAUAGAUUCUCUCAUGUUAACGUAAUAAGCUCCAAGCAUGGCAAGCUUAUAUGAAUGAAGUCUUGCUUUGUUAGAA